AUGGGGAACACAGGCAGGGAUGGAAACAUGGAGAUUGAGAAUAUUGAGAGGGAAAAUGUGGAGCAAAAUGGAGUUGGUGGAUCUGUGGAGAUGAACAGACUCCCUCCAUGGAAGGAACAGAUUACAUUUAGGGGACUUGUGUCUAGUGUGAUCAUUGGGAUCAUAUACAGUGUUAUUGUGCAGAAGCUGAACCUCACCACUGGUUUGAUUCCCAAUCUCAAUGUGUCAGCCGCUCUCCUGGCCUUUGUGUUUGUGCAGACUUGGACCAAGCUGCUAUCAAAGGCUGGGAUUGUGUCAAAACCGUUCACUAGGCAAGAGAAUACCGUGAUUCAGACCUGUGCUGUUGCUUGUUAUAGCAUUGCUGUUGGAGGAGGGUUUGGAUCUUACCUCUUGGGUUUGAACAGGAGGACAUAUGAGCUAGCUGGAGUUGAUACUGAAGGGAAUACUCCAGGGAGCACCAAGGAGCCUGGUCUUGUUUGGAUGACUGGUUUUCUCUUUGUUACUAGCUUUGUUGGUCUUUUGGCUUUGGUUCCUCUCAGAAAGAUUAUGAUAAUAGACUAUAAACUACCUUAUCCGAGUGGAACUGCUACUGCUGUUCUUAUAAAUGGGUUCCAUACUCCAAAAGGAGACAAAAUGGCCAAGAAGCAGGUUCAUGGGUUUAUGAAGUACUUUUCAUUUAGUUUCUUGUGGGCUGGCUUUCAGUGGUUUUAUGCCGGCGGGGAGCAAUGUGGGUUUGUUCAGUUUCCAACAUUUGGAUUGAAAGCUUGGAAGAAUACGUUCUACUUUGAUUUUAGUAUGACAUACAUAGGAGCAGGAAUGAUCUGUUCCCAUCUUGUGAACUUAUCUUUGCUUCUCGGGGCUGUGCUCUCUUGGGGAAUAAUGUGGCCCUUAAUAAAGGGCCUUAAAGGGGAAUGGUUCCCUGCAACUUUAUCAGAAAGUAGUAUGAAGAGUGUAAAUGGUUAUAAGGUUUUUGUUUCGAUUGCCCUGAUACUAGGAGAUGGGCUGUACAAUUUUCUCAAGAUACUUUACUUUACUGGCUCAAGUAUCCACACCAAACUGAACAAGAAGGACCUCACAACAGGUAAAUGAUUGGCAUUUUAUGUAUCUCCUUCACUAACUUACCUAUCUAUCUCUCAUACAGACGAAGUUUCGAUUGAUCCGAAUCUGCCUCUUGAUGAACGCCGACGAAAUGAGGUCUUCAUAAGAGAUAAGAUUCCUAUUUGGGUUGCAUGCGUAGGGUACAUAUUGUUCUCCAUCAUCUCCAUCAUUGUUAUCCCUAUGAUGUUUCCUCAGCUGAAAUGGUAUUAUAUAGUUGUUGCGUACAUGAUUGCACCGUCUCUAAGCUUCUGCAAUGCCUACGGUGCGGGUUUAACAGACAUGAACAUGGCCUACAACUAUGGGAAAGUAGCUCUUUUCGUGCUAGCUGCUGUGGCUGGGAAACAUGAUGGUGUCGUUGCAGGACUCGUUGGCUGUGGUUUGAUCAAGUCCAUAGUUUCUAUCUCAUCUGACCUGAUGCAUGAUUUGAAGACGGGCCAUCUAACUUUCACAUCUCCUCGAUCAAUGAUAGUUAGUCAAGCUAUCGGGACAGCUAUUGGCUGUGUGGUAGCUCCCCUGACAUUCUUUCUCUUCUACAAGGCUUUUGAUGUUGGGAACCCAAAUGGUGAAUAUAAAGUCCCUUAUGCCAUCAUUUAUCGUAACAUGGCAAUUCUUGGAGUGCAAGGCUUCUCUGCCCUUCCCCAACAUUGCUUGGACCUAUGCUAUGCUUUUUUUAGCUUUGCCAUAGCAGCCAAUUUGCUGAGAGAUUUUGGUCCCAAGAAAAUGAGCAAAUAUGUCCCCCUUCCAAUGGCUAUGGCUGUUCCUUUCCUGGUUGGAGCUUACUUUGCAAUUGACAUGUGCAUGGGGAGUUUGAUCGUGUUUGUGUGGCACAAACUGAAACAUAACAAGGCCAGUUUGAUGGUUCCUGCAGUUGCUUCUGGUUUGAUCUGUGGAGAUGGAUUAUGGAUUCUCCCUUCAUCAAUUCUUGCGUUGGCAAAGGUUCGCCCUCCUAUCUGUAUGAACUUCUUGGCCAUUAGAUUCCAGAGACAAUACCAGUCGACUUCAGCAGAGAAAAGGAUGAUAAUAAUCAAGGCUUUGUUGCAUUUGAUUUGUGGGUUUUUAAUGAUUGGUUGUGUUUUGGGUUUGGUUUGCAGAGGGGAAAUGGCUUCAGAUCUGAAAGUUCACGUUUUUGAAGAGGUGGCUAAGCACAACCAGACCAAAGAUUGCUGGCUUAUUAUUUCUGGGAAGGUGUAUGAUGUGACCCCUUUCAUGGAAGAUCAUCCCGGAGGAGAUGAAGUUUUGCUAGCUGCAACAGGGAAAGAUGGAACAAAUGAUUUUGAAGAUGUUGGUCACAGUGAUUCUGCCAGAGAGAUGAUGGACAAGUACUACAUUGGAGAGAUCGAUGCAUCAACUGUCCCACUAAAACGGACCUUCGUUCCGCCACCGCAGACUUACAAUCCGGAUAAGACAUCCGAGUUUGUGAUCAAGAUUUUACAGUUCCUGGUGCCCCUGUUAAUCUUGGGUUUAGCCUUUGCCGUCCGUCACUUUACCAAGAAAGAGUAGUCAUGUCAUUUUAGUUACAUUUCCCCCUUGUAAGGGUUACUUCAUUUGUCCACAGUGGAGCAGUUGUAAUUACAAUUGCGUAUUUCUAGUAUGUUGUCGGUUCACAUUGUUGUUCAUCAGUCAUUUGCUUCUAGUGUCAGUUUGGUUAAGGUCUCUAUUGAAUGGUUUAAUCUUAACGGAUGAUCUUGAAUUUAUGAUGAGCUAUCUAUUCCUGGACAUCUUUAUGCACCGUCAGUUUGCUUCACUUCAGCUAUGCAGUGAAUACUGAAUAUCAUCGACUGUUUGUAAAUCUACUAUCCUUUUUGGCCAGUACCCUACA